CGCUGGGUCGCUCUGGUUCGCUCCGGUCGCCUCCGCGCCCGCUCUCCCGCCUUCGCCAACCGCCGCCGCUGCGCGGGCCUCCGCCGCCGCCGCGCUCCGUCCCUCAGCCGCCUUCCCGCCCGCUCCGCACUCAUGCAGCGCCGGGACGACCCCGUCGCGCGGCUGUGCCGGCCCCUGGGCCGCGGCGGCGCCGUGGAUCCCUCAGGCGCCCACCCGCCGCCGCGCCAGGCGCCGUCCCGGCAGCCGCUGUCCUCUCACCGGCCCCGGGGCGGCGGCGGAGGCCCUCGGGGCGGCGGCGGAGGCUCUCGGGCCGCCCCGGCCACGCAGCCGCCGCCGCUGUUGCCGCCCUCGGCCACCGGCGGGGGCCCUGAGGUGGGCGGGGGCGGCCCAGCGCCGGCCCCGACCCCGCUGCUGCCGCCCUCCGCUACGGCCGCCGCCAAGAUGGAGCCCGAGAACAAGUACCUGCCCGAGCUUAUGGCCGAGAAGGACUCCCUCGACCCGUCCUUCACCCACGCCAUGCAGCUGCUGGCCGCAGAAAUCGAGAAGAUUCAGAAGGGUGAAUCAAAGAAAGAUGAUGAGGAGAACUACCUGGAUUUAUUUUCUCACAGGAACAUGAAACUGAAGGAACGAGUCCUGAUACCAGUAAAACAAUAUCCCAAGUUUAAUUUUGUGGGGAAGAUCCUAGGACCUCAAGGGAACACAAUCAAAAGACUGCAAGAGGAAACUGGGGCCAAAAUAUCAGUUUUGGGAAAAGGUUCCAUGAGAGACAAAGCAAAGGAAGAAGAGCUACGCAAAGGAGGAGACCCUAAGUAUGCCCAUUUAAACAUGGACCUGCACGUGUUCAUUGAAGUCUUUGGACCCCCCUGUGAGGCCUAUGCCCUUAUGGCUCAUGCUAUGGAAGAGGUUAAGAAGUUCCUUGUGCCGGAUAUGAUGGAUGAUAUCUGCCAGGAACAGUUUCUUGAAUUAUCUUAUCUGAAUGGAGUACCUGAGCCUAACCGUGGGCGUGGGGUACCAGUAAGAGGAAGGGGAGCAGCUCCUCCACCUCCACCUGUUCCCAGGUGCCACAUUUUAAGAGGGACAUUGAAAAGCUGGAGUGUGUCCAGAGGAGGGCGCCCAGGAUGGGGCCGUGGUGUUGGGCCUCCCCGGGGAGCACUGGUCCGAGGUGCUCCGGUGAGAGGGGCCAUCACUAGAGGUGCCAGUGUGGCCCGUGGGGUGCCUCCCCCUCCAGCAGUCAGGGGAGCCCCUACUCCAAGAGCCCGAGCCACGGGCAUCCAGAGAAUACCUCUUCCUCCACCCCCAGCACCAGAGACUUACGAAGACUAUGGAUAUGAUGAUGCCUAUGCUGAGCAAAGCUAUGAAGGGUACGAAGGCUAUUAUAGCCAGGGCCAAGGGGAUUCCGAGUAUUAUGACUAUGGACACGGAGAGGCACAAGAUUCUUAUGAAGCUUAUGGUCAAGACGACUGGAAUGGGACAAGGCCCUCCCUGAAGGCCCCUCCAGCUAGGCCAGUGAAGGGGUCAUACAGAGAGCACCCAUAUGGACGUUAUUAAAACAAACAUGAGGGAAAAUUAUCAGUUAUGAGCAAAGUUGUUACUGAUUUCUUGUAUCUCCCAGGAUUCCUGUUGCUUUACCCACAACAGACAAGUAAUUGUCUAAAUGUUUUUCUUCGUGAUUCCCUUCUUCUCCCCCCUUCCUCCAUCCUCACCCUGCAUUCUGGCUUCUGUAUGUAGUAUUUUAAAAUUAGUUAAAAUAGAUUUAGGAAUAUCGAAUUAAUUUUUUUAAAGUGUGUAGAUGCUUUUUCUUUCUUUGUUGUUUAAAUAUAAACACAACUGUACCUUUUAUAAUAAAAACAGAAGUUGAGUUUAAAAAAAAAAAAACUGUUAGUUUCCAAAGUGACAUUGCUUUGCUUAAGGGUUCUGAAGUUAAGCUUUGUUAACGUUCUCUUAGGUUUGGUUUGAGGCAACCCGUAAAGUUGUAGUUGCAGAUUCCCAAACUAGGCUACAUUUCAAAAUUCAGGGCUGUUUUUAAGACUUAAAAUCAUAAUAUUAACGGUAGUAGGUGCCACCGUUUAAAAGUAAGCUCAGAUGUCAAAUACAUUUCCUUAAAAGCAUAUGGCGGUUGAAUCUUAAGUUUAAAUUUUUAAUAUGAAAGAUCCUCAUGAAUUAAAUAGUCGGUGUAUUUUUUUUAAAGUUAAUUGAUUUAAAAAAAAAACAAAAAAAAUUAGGUUUGUAAAAUUGACUUUUUCAUAUGUGGGUUUUGAAAUCUAGCCCCAAACAUACAGUGUUGAGAGAUACUUAGGGAGUAGGUUUUGAAAUGGGGUUGGGUGGGAAGGAAGCAGACAGACUGAAUUUCAUUUGAUGCAAAGCUUUUUUUAGCUAAGAAAAAAAAUUAAAUCACUGCAUCUAAUAAAUCCAGUGUUUGAAAUCAGAAAGCAUAAUAUUGCAUAUGGUUGAGGUUUGCUUUCUGCAAAACCACCAAUACUCCUUGGGAUGCUGGGGGCUGAAAAAGUACAUUUUAAACCAGAUAACAAGACUGAGCCAACCCAAAUGAUGCAUUCAUUCAAGUAUGUCUCAACACUAGCGUUAUAUAAAAAGGGACACUGCAGCUGAAAAAAAAAAAAAAGAAAAAAAAAUCCACUCUGUA